AUGUGUCAAAACCAUCACCCGACGACAACUGAUCGAAAAUAUUACGCAACAAGAUUUUCCGGUAGAAAUAAUCCUUCGGGCGCAUCGUCGAAACGACAAGACCGAGAACAACCAAUGUCUUGGAGCGACGACGAAGACGAUGCCUCGUCGUCGUGUGACGAUUACGACGGCGAAUCAUCUUGGAAAGACAGCGACAAUGAAAGUAGUGUUUCAGUGUCUUCUGACGAUUCGAAUGUGAGUAGUGCGGCCAGUUUGAAAAUAGAAAUAAAACAGAAGGCGUGCGGACCACCGCCGGCAAAAAGGCCUACAGCUACUGAAAAUCCUGGUGACAACAACACUAGCAGCAAACUGCAAUUGCCAUCGUCCGAACAACAACCGAACAUUGUAGUAUCGCAAGUGGUCAAAAACGUGUUGACCGGUCAAACAGCAGCGAAUUCCAUCGAGAAUAAUUGUUCGUAUACUAUUUUGUCUCGUGACGAACAUCCGACAGAAAUGAACGCCAGUCAGUUCGAAGAUUUGGUCAUGGAAAAAGUGGUCGACGUAUUUAUGGAACGCAGUGAUUGGUGUCAGCAAUAUCAAGAGGCCAGACGUAUAACUGACGUGCAAAGCUUUUGGAAACAGAAAUUCUCGGCGCUCGAAAAGCGGACGACUUUGCUUCGAAAGCGAAUGGCCAAGUUGCAAAUCAAAGCUUGCUCCACCGAGGUGACCGUGAGAAACGUUGGCACACAGCUAGAAUGGCCGUAUCUCGAUGACAACAAAGCAAUUAAUACAACAACAACAACAACCCACAGCCGACAACAUCACAUCUGACACUAGUUCACGGCCGCCCGCCUAAGCAGUCCAUCCAUAAACUAUACCCAACUAUAUAGUAAGACUUUUACCUAGGGAUUCGAACAGUAUUAAAUAAUUUUUUUAAAUAUAACUAUAUUCAGUACAUUCAGAGUCGUUUGCAAAUGUAAUCUACCGCGUAGAAAAACAUUUAAGUAUUAUCAAUAAUUUUUACGAACAUACAUUAUGUCAGAGUUAAUCAACAAGAAAAGGGCAUUUGGUAUUUAUAUUUUGCGAACAAAGUUUCAUUAUCAAUAUUUGAUAACCGGUUUUUACUUGAAUACGAAAAUAAACGUAGGGAUAAUGAUUAAAUAU